AUGAGUAAUGCCACACGUGCCUUGCCCUCUCCUGUGGCACCCGGCACCCCGGGGCUCAGCACGGUGGCCAGGCUCGCCUCAGCUCCCCCAUCCUUGGCCCUCACCCUGCUCACGGCCACCCACAACGACUCUGAGGAUGGCCAGCAGCUUUUCCUGACCACGACAGCGGCGCAGGUCAUCUCCGGCAUCUUCGUGUGGUCGGCGCUCAUUGUCACCUUCCACCAGAUCUACACACACCUGAGGAAUUACACCAUCCCCAAGGAGCAGCGCUACAUCAUCCGCAUCCUCUUCAUUGUGCCCAUCUAUGCCUUCGACUCCUGGCUCAGCCUCCUCCUCCUCGGCAGCCACCAGUACUACGUCUACUUCGACUCGGUGCGCGACUGCUAUGAAGCUUUCGUGAUUUACAGCUUCCUGAGCCUGUGCUUUGAGUACCUCGGAGGGGAAAGCACCAUCAUGACAGAGAUCCGAGGGAAGCCCAUUGCGUCCAGCUGCUUUUAUGGGACCUGCUGCCUUCAGGGUAUGUCCUACUCUAUCGGGUUCCUGCGCUUCUGCAAGCAGGCCACGCUGCAGUUCUGCAUCGUGAAACCCCUCAUGGCGAUCAUCACCAUCAUCCUGCAGGCGUUCGGGAAGUACCACGACGGGGACUUCAAUGUCCAAAGCGGCUACCUCUACAUCACCAUCAUCUACAACUUCUCCGUCAGCCUGGCACUUUAUGCCCUCUUCCUCUUCUACUUCGCCACCAUGGACCUGCUGCGCCCAUUUGAGCCAGUCCUCAAGUUCAUCACCAUCAAGGCAGUCAUCUUCCUCUCCUUCUGGCAAGGGACACUGCUUGCAAUCCUGGAGAAAUGUGGGGUGAUCCCUGAAGUUCAGAUCAUCGAUGGGAAGGAGGUGGGAGCUGGGACGGUGGCUGCUGGCUACCAGAACUUCAUCAUCUGCAUUGAGAUGCUCUUUGCUUCCAUUGCCCUGCGCUAUGCGUUCACCUGCCAGGUGUACAGAGAAAAGAAAGAAAAUUCAACAGCAAACCUUGCCCCGAUGCAGAGCAUCUCCAGUGGGCUGAAGGAGACCAUAAGCCCCCAGGACAUCGUGCAGGAUGCGAUCCACAACUUCUCGCCUGCAUACCAGCAGUACACCCAGCAGUCGAUGCAGGAGGCAGAGCACAAAGCGCCGGGGGAGAACGGGCACAUGGCCUCCAAGGUGGAGGGACCGAGUGGCAGAAAGAGCAAAAACAUUGAGAAGAGAGUGCUGAUCCUGUCGGACGAGGAGCUGUAG